AUGCCAGAUUCAAGAAACUCAUUAACUUACUACAUCAGUCCAUCCGUCCUUUCAGAUGUUAUUGCUUAUUGUUUAUCUUUGUGUGAAAUAAUCAAGUUGAACGAUCAUGCCCGAAAUGAAUCGGCUGGCAAAGCAAGAAAAAAAAUUUGUAAUAACUAUUCCGGAACAAGAAUAGGCAUUGACGAUGAAACUAUUGAUGACAUUCGUGAUGUCAAAGAAAAGCUAUUUAAAAGGGAUGGAUUUGAUUCUUCUGGAAAGAUAUCAACCCUAUCUGUCACAACCUCGUCUUUUGUUCCUGAGGAUAUCCUAAAAUGUGAAAGAAAGGAUAUAGGUGAUAUUAAGUUUGUGAUGAAGCUCGUCUGUGAUUUGGUUUGUAAGGCCAAAAUUGUUGAAAUCGAUUGUACCAAAGGAUGGAACUAUCUUGGUUGUCCUAGGUGCCACAAAAAAGUGCAAGAAUUUUCAUUAUCUAAGAUCAAAGUUGAGGAUGAAACAAAUGAUUUUAAGACGGAUGAGAAUAAUGCUCGCUCAGUUUACUACCGUUGUGUCGAUGUAUGUGGCAAAAUUGUGCCAAAUGUUACUCCAAGGUACAAAGUGUUUGUACUUAAAGAUCAAACAAACAAGCAUCCUUUUGUAUUGUUUGAUCGUGAUGUGGAGAACAUCGUGAAGAUUUCUUGCAGAGAUCUAAUGGAGACAAUGUCUGAGGAUGAUGAUUAUAAAAUCGAUUCGAAUGAUGAAGGAGUCUUGGGUUCUCAAUCUAUUGAAUCAAAUAUGCUUAAGCUUUUGGAUACUGGUUUGGCCAAACAGUUGGAAAAGAAACAUCUUAAUAAACAGUUGAUCGUAAAGUCUUCUGAUGACAAAAGCCACUUCAUAGAUAUGUACAUCAAUGACGGCGAUCGUACCCACCUUUACGGACCGACUCUUAAUAAUUUUAUUGAAGUUUCUGGAAUUUGUCUCCACCACACUUUACUGUUGGUUUAUCAUCCAGAUGGUUAUUUGAAGAUAUUCCGUUUUGGUCUUUCUGGUAUUGAAGGCGGUAGAUCUAAAUCUAAAUCCUUAAUGGGUGGUCCUUUUCUUUUGAAAAUGAAUCAGGAGAACCUAAACUUUGGCCAUAUCCGGAAGCAUUAUCUCGAUCGCUGUCAUCGGCCUAAGAAUGAAGAAGUGGCGAUUGUCUGUGACGACAAAGAUCAGGUUCAUUUUCUGGAGAUUGUUCGAAUUAAAGGGAAAGCAGUUGGAUUAUCUGAAAAAUCUUGGAAAAAUUUCACGAAUGCUACUAUAAUGAGUAUGGUUGCAAGUUUUUGGUAUUUAAUUAUCGAUUCGGUGUUGAAUUCUCUGUGA